ACCGGAUCUUCGCGCCGUUGCCAUGGGAGACGCGGCAGCGCUCGCGCACUGCUGUGGCUCGCGAAGUCGCGAUCAGCUCAAGUCAGAAACUGUCCGUUACAAUCACUUGAAAUCAGAAUGAUUUCACUAUUCAUAGGGAUGAUUUCACGAUUCAUGCGGAAUUAAGGGCGGCGGAGUCUGCGUUUCGACCUGCACGGCUUCAAAGGAGGAACAUCUCAACACGCUCCAUGAGGAUUUCAGCUCUUCGGGCCCCGAGCAUCUGAAUGUUCACUCAUCACCGUAUCCAGCAUGGAUUAAUCCACCAGCGGAACAGCUCCGGGAAUUAUCCUGUCUGUGCUUUGGUUUGUCAUGGAGUAGCAGGAAGUGAGAUGGGAUUUCCUCCGUGUAAUCACGGCGAGAUGAUCUCCGCGUCAGACGUCUGCUGAAGAGCUUCAUAUGGCGGAGGGCUGUGGGGUUGUUUUCUAGUGGAUUCCGGAUCGCUGCUGAUAUGCUCCAGACCAAUAACUACUCGCUGGUGCUGCUGAUCCAGCUGGCGCUGCUGACCUUUGACCUGUUCGUCAACUCCUUCAGUGAACUGCUGCGGGCCGCGCCGGUCAUUCAGCUCGUGCUCUUCAUAAUCCAGGACAUCGGCAUCCUGUUUAACGUGAUCAUCAUUCUUCUCAUGAUGUUCAACACAUACGUGUUCCAGGUGGGGCUGGUGUCGCUGUUACUGGAGCGAUUCCGAGCGCUGCUGAUACUGUCUGCACUCUACCUGACUCUCAGCAUCAGCUUUCACUGCUGGGUCAUGAACCUGAGGUGGAUGGAGUCCAAUCGUUUCGUGUGGACAGACGGUCUGCAGGUUCUCUUUGUGUUCCAGAGACUGGCUGCUGUGUUGUAUUACUACUUCUACAAACGCACAACCGAGUAUCUGGGAGACCCCAGACUUUACGAAGAUUCCCCAUGGCUCCGUGAUGCAUUUGCUAGAGCGCGACAGUGAGACGAAACACCUGGAAACAAACCCAAAAUGGUGCACGGUGGGGAUGUUAACGUUGUGCAAUGCAACACACAACCAAAGCAUUUCAGGAAACUAAACGGAUGGACUCAUUCAGAGCCCCGCCACCUUAAAACAAACUUCCAUGGAGCACAUUGGCGACUGGAGAGAUCUCAUUUUGUGUUUUUAAUGACUGAGAAGCACGAUGAGAAAUAAAGCAUCGUGAAACCUGACGUCUGAAAGUCUCUAAACACAUUUUAGUACAAUAGUACAAAUGAUCUUACUGCCUGCACCAGGUGUAAAGCUACAGUUAUCAUAUGCUGGUUGUGUAGACAUCUUGUUGUGUAAUGUUAAGUGUAUUUUUAUAUGGUUUUGGAUCUUUGCUUGAGCAGAGUUUGAUCGUACAGUCGAACCACGAGAGAUUUCGUUUACUUCGGUUUGCCUUUGAAACCACGAGUGGAAUUUAGUCUCAAGGAAUCGUGUGAAUUUUUGUAUAUUGUGCCCAUUUAAAAAAAAAUAUAUAUAUUUUGUUUGUAAUAUUUUCAUAAACAUCCUCCCAGUGACACACGUUUGGUAUAUUUUCAGUAAAUUGUCGAGGGAGCAUCAACAAAGUGCCUCACUGUUCACCCAACACUACACAAAGUGAGUAAACAGCAGAGCGUCAGUGCACUUGUUAUGCUGAAAUCCGUAUUUUUCUGUUACGUUGUACCAAUAAACAUUUUCCAUUGGCCUCA